CACUGGAGCAGUCUUUCCGGGGUUCAAACAGCGAGCCUGGUGUGUGCUUGUUGAGAGUCAAGGGACGCUGAGGAUAACCUGAUAGUUACUCUGUUACAUCUGUGUAGCGUGUGCAUUAACAAGCUUUCAAGUAAAAACCCCGGCGUGGCUCCACACACCGAGGAUUUCAUUUAACACUCACUCACAGCGGCUAACCCUUCACAGCUAAAUAGUUAGCCACGGCCGGAGACAGGUAUGUCUGAAGUUAGUCUUGAGGCUGAAUCGGGGAAGACCUCAGCCGAGGACCCUCAGAUGGAUAAUAAGGAGGCUGACGGAGCAGAGGAGAGUUUGAGUGAGGGUGUAAAACAGGAGAGUGUAGACACAAGUAGGGGUAAGGAUGACACAGAUGAGGCGCUGUACGAUGUUAAUAUUGACAGUGCCGAAGAACGUUCAGAAAACAGUGACAAAGAUGUUCAGAAAGAAGAUGAGGACAUUCAGAGCCAGAGUGCGGUAGUGGGCGGUGACGGUGAUGCUCCCGCACAAAUAUCUGACAGUGUAGACAAUGGGGGACACGAGACAAAUCAUCAUGUCGAAACAGCUGAAACACCAGAGGAAAGUGAAGAUUCUGGCACUGAAACAAAGGAAAGCACAAUGGCUGAGGAGUCCCAGAGAAGCUCAGCCGCUGAGAUCCCAGUCACUAGCAACGGAGAACUGGAUGAGAGCCCAGAGACGGUCUUCCAGAGAUCCCCUUACUCUGGUGGACCUGGAGCUUUAAACCUCUCAGAGUCUUGUGUAACCUCCAGUAACUUUGCCUCGACAACAGAGGGCAUCAUUGAAUCAGGACCAUACAAAGGGUCAGCAAGCCUACCCACAUCUCCUGUGACACCUGUAGCUCCCAGCUCAGCUGUUGCUAGCCGCCUGGCGCGCUCUGCCAGCGAUAGUCAGGCUGAGAAAGGCGCUAUGAAUGAACAACCAAAGAGUGGAGCAGUGGUCCUAGCAGAUGACUUAAAGAACCCAGCCAUGGAAAAACUGGACCUAGUGAGAAAGUGGAGCAUCAACGCGUAUAAAUGCACCAGGCAGAUCCUGUCCGAGAAGCUGGGUCGGGGCUCGAGGACUGUGGACCUGGAGCUGGAAGCCCAAAUCGAAGUCCUCCGUGACAACAAGAGGAAGUACCAGAAUGUGGUCAAGCUGGCUCAGACGCUGUCCACUCAGCUGUCCCAGAUGAUGCAGACGCAGAGGCAGCUGGGCGACGCCUUCGCCGACCUCAGCCUCAAGUCACCAGAGCUCCACGAGGAGUUUGGUUACAACGCUGACACUCAAAAGCUGCUGUCCAAAAAUGGAGAGACUCUGCUGGGUGCCAUCAACUUCUUCAUCUCCAGUGUGAACACACUUGUGGACCAAACAAUCGAAGACACCAUGCUUAAUAUAAAACAGUAUGAAAUCGCCAGGAUUGAGUAUGAUGCGUACCGCACAGAUUUAGAGGAGUUGAAUCUGGGCCCACGUGAUGCCGUCACCAUGCCCAAGAUCGAGCAGUCACAGCAGCAGUUCCAGCUCCACCGCGAGAAGUUCGAGAGGCUGCGAAAUGACGUCUCUGUCAAGCUGAAGUUCCUGGAAGAGAACAAGGUGAAGGUAUUGCACAACCAGCUCAUCCUGUUCCACAACGCCAUCGCUGCGUACUACGCUGGAAACCAACAGCAGCUGGAAGAGACACUCAAGCAGUUCCACAUCAAGUUGAAAAUGCCGGGUGGGAACAGUCCAUCCUGGCUGGAAGAGCACUAAUCACUCCUUUCUUUCCUUUUCACACCUUUAGUGGCUCAGUUUGUCAGAGUUUUGACAGGAAAUGUCAAAUUCUUGAAACUACAGGAACCUACAGGAACCUCCCUCCUCCCUCCAACUCCACUAUUAACUACCUUUCAAACUUUCAAAACUGUAAAUCUUUUAAAGAAAUCCAAGAAGAAAAAACUCCCACAAUCUGUUUUUACUCUCGCUGUUACUACUAAUCAUUCUUUUCAUCUCUGCAGUUGUUUCAAAGCAUAGGAAAUGAUGCACUUUUAUACUGUUCGAGAAGUCAGUUGAACAGAUGCUGCAGUAAACACAUUUGGAAACUGUAUAUGGCCUUUUUGUACUCCAGCAUAUGAAUGUUGUAUCCAAGCACGGAAGACAUGUUGGCUCUGUAAGGAGAAACUAUGGGGGAUCAAAAACGACUGCCAGUUUUUCACCUUGUUUACAUUGCUGUUAUCAGCUGAUUGAAAUUGAGGUGAAUUUUGCUUUAUGAAAUUCUCAUCACAAAGCGACAGAAGGCAACUUCUAACAUUCAAUAUAAUUCUUUCGUGAUUUGAUUUUUACAGCUGUGGUGAUAAGAGGGGCCAGUUGUUUCCCUAGGUUGACUACUCUGGGCAGCAUGUGGGAUUGGGGUGCGCUUGCUGAGACAAACUUGGGAGAGACGCAGUAGUCAGACAUUUCUCCAUUCUCUGUUUAAGAGAAGCUGAGAUUGACACUAAAAUGAGAAUAGCUGGUCCACCUUAAAGGUCAGUCCACAUUAAGUGAGCCUCAUCAGGUCAGGCUAAUCCAUUAUCGUUAACUUUGGUUGCUAUAACCCCCUUCACUUCUCCAGCAGUUGGGGAAACAAGAGUCGAGACUUUUAUGGGUCUUGAGAAGCUGCAGCAUGUAUUAACAGACACUGCAACCUGUACUGUACAUUUACUUACUGCUAAUAUUUUCCUCUGCUCCGCCCACAUUCAUCAUCACUUUUCAAGCUACUCACUCAACAACACGCUCGCUACGCACACAUAUUACGCACUGCCCUAAAGGAGCUAUGCUACUCCUUUCACGUAGAUGUCCUUUGAAGAAUGAGGAGAGGGAGGAUUUGGAGCACUUGUUGAUGACUCAAAACUAUUCAACGAUAACGUAUGUUGUAUAUAACAGUGUUAUCGUGCUUGCACAGUGUGUGAGUGAAAAUCAUUAGUAGCUCAUUGAUAUUAAUGAUCAUGUGAAAUUUUAGCAGUGGCACUAAGAAUGAAUAUAGGGGAAACUGUACAUUGAUUUUUUUGAUUGUGGAAAUGCAAAUUGCUUGCUUUUACCAGCAACCUCUUAUUUGAGAAGUCAUAUUGAAUUGACUUUUUUUUUCUUUUUUCUUUUGCUGAGACGUAGAUGAGAAGGUCGAUACCACUCUCAUGUCUGUCGUUCUAUUCAUCUCAGUAUAAAGACCGCAAACAGAAGGAAACAGUUAGCCUGCCUCUGUCCAAAGCUAACAAAAUCAACACACUAGCACCUGUAAAACUCAUUUAUUAACUUCAUAUUUUGUUUAUUUAAUCUGUACAGCAACCAAAGUGUAAAAAUAACAAUAUUUGUGUGUGGUUUUAAAGGAGAUGUAUGUGCUUUUGGACAGAGGUGGACGAGCCAUUUCCCCUUGAUUUCAGUCUUCAUGCUAAGCUAAUUAGCUUCUGGCUUCAGCUUCAAAUUGAACAAUCAGAUGUCAGAGUGGUAUCAGUUUUCUCAUCAAACUCAGGGCAAGAAAUGUAAUAAUAUAUCCCAAAAUGUCACAACUAUUCAGUUCAAUAGAUGUCUAAAAAUCAUAUUGAUUGCUGUUCACAACAAAUUCCACAGGCUGAGAUGUGAUUAUGUUGACAUGAUGCUACUUUUAAUCAAUAUUAGCCUCAAUUUUUUCUACCUUAGUCUACAUUCAUGGCACAUGACUGAACAGGCCAAAGCGUUGAUUCUCUUGAAUUCCCGAGAAAAUGAAGGACCAGCCUUAUUUAACUAUAUGUGCCUUGAUUUAUUAAAUUAAUUAUUAUCUUCCCCUCAGUGCUACCUGGCUUUUUAUAGAAAACAGGCGCUCUCACUACCACUUUCUUUUUGGGAUCAAACUCUUGAAUGAAGAGAACGGACCAAACACACACUCACACACACUCAGAGAAGAAGUACAGUUACAGUCUGUACGAUGUAAAAACACUCCACACAACACCACAAAUGAAAUCUCGAGUAAUUUCAGAGUCUGUUUGAAGACGUGCUGUUCUCAAAGAUAUUUAUCCAUAAUUGCACAUAAGCACAAUUAUGCAUUUGAAACUAAUUACAAAAAACUUGUAAGAACUGUAUGAUAUGUAAGGUGUAAAACCAAAAUGCGAUUAACUUGACUUUUUUUUUUUUCUUUUUGUAAAUUUGAAAGACCAGCAUCCUCUGCCUGAGCUGCUAACAGUUUCUUUAAUUGAGCUAUAUAAAAGUAUAUUUUUCAAAGAGGACAUACUGGAUACUAGUUUUUAGAACCAGCUGUCAUGCCCUCAGUUUGUUAAUCUGUACUUUUCCUAUGGCUUAUAGCAGUGUGAGAGUGUGAAUCUUGUACAACAAUCUAUUGUUUUCUUGAAAUAGAUGGAUAUAUAUUUGUAAUUUUCUCUAUUUUACCCUGUAGUUUAUGACCAAUGCUGCCGUUUGGCUUUGUUUUUCCUGAAGACCUAAAGAAUCAUAUGCUAGUACCAACAUGUACUAGUGCAUCUAUACCUUUUGUAAUAAUGAAACAUUAACAAAAUGUUGAAUUGAAAAGGAUUACGAAUGUUGUGUAACUUCUUUGGGAAAAAUAAACGUUUCUUUUCUUUAA